AUAUUGGCGCGUAUUUACAACCGUUGAAGUGCGUUGGAGGAACACCAAGAGAAAGACGACCACUUUUCUAGUGAUCGUGACUGAGGCAUCAGUCGUUAAAUACUCGAUUACUCGUUUGCACUCGUUCGCUUCCAAGUUUAAUAGCCGUGUCGUUAUCAUUCACGAAAAAAAAUCUAAAAUUAUAAUAAAACGCAAUUUCAUAAAAAAAGGACAGAGGAAAAUUAACACAAUUCAGAAUGGCCACUUUUAACAGAACCAAUCGACCCAACGAGGAGAAUACAUUAUACGUCAGCGAUCUUCCUGAUGAACUUAAUGAGGAUGGCAUCCAUAAAUUAUUUAAAGAUUAUGGCAGAAUAACAGCAAUUGUUGCACCAAGUGAUGCAAAAUAUGCUUUUAUAUCUUAUGGAACAUUUGCUGAAGCUGAAGCAGCAAUUCGUGCAUUGGACAACAAAGCACCACUUUAUCUUCAAGUGUCAUUUCGUCGUAAAAAACAAGAUGCACAAACUAAUGGACAUAUAAAUAGUAUAUCUAAUGAUCGUCCAGCAUUUGAUUAUCGUCAUAUGGCACCAGCACCACAAUUGAUGCAACAUUUUAAUGGUGGACAACCAAGACCAGAAUUAUUUCAAAUGCAUAUACAACCAACAAUUAAUUCACCACAAUUUCGUUCAUUUGUACAACCAGCAUUAUUACCAACACCAUCACCAAUACCAGCACUAUCACAACCAUCAAAUGGAUUUUUUCAAUAUACACCAUUGGAAUUACAAUAUGCUGAACGUAAUGAUCUUUGGUCACGUGGAUCAUUGACUAUUGAUACAGCUGGACGUAGACAUGUCACAAUGGGUCGUGGUUAUACACGUUAUCAUAUACCAGAUCCACAUCCAAGUGUUGAAGAACAAGCAUCUAAAGUAUCAGAAAUACGUCGUCAUGGAUCAUAUCAAUUUCAUCAAGAUCGUCAACAUGAAAAAAUUGGCAGAUGUUUGGCUUGUGGUAAAUAUUGUAUACAAACAUGUGCAUCAUGCAAUAAACAUUAUUGUAAUCGUGAAUGUCAAGCUACUGAUUGGCCACGUCAUAGAAUUACUGAUUGUAAUUUACCAGUAUUAAACAAUUUACCAGGUGGUCUUGAUUCAUUAUUUACACCACUAACACCAUUAACACCUGGUGAUAAUAAUAAUGAACAUACAAGAUUAACUAAAUCACGAUCAGUUCAUCCACCACCACCAAUGAGAAAACCAAAACAAGCUAUUAAUGAUCAUCAUUUUAGUGGUGAUAUUAUUAAAAAAUCUGAAUCAUUAAAUACUGGUGCUAAAAAAACAACUGGUGGAAGUAUUGAAGAAAUUUCAAUUGAUGAUUUUAAUAAUGACAAGAUAUUGAUUGAUGAUUCAAUAAAAACAUCUCUUGAACCUGUUGAAGAAACAUCAACUACUUCUGCUGCUGCUGUUGCGACUGCUGGUGGUGGUGAUAAUGAUAAAAAAACUGUUGUCAUUGAAAAACCAGAAAAAAAAUUAUCAACACCAAAAAUUGAUAAUAAUGUCAAAGUGGUUAAUGUUGAAGUACCUAAAAAACUUGAAAAAAUAUCUGAAGUUAAAACACCAUCACCACCACCACCAUCAUCAUCAGCUGCUAAACAAAAUAAAGCAAAUAUUAUUGAUGAACCAGACUUUGAAUUUCCAGUAUCAAAAAUGAAUGAUUUAAUACCAAAAACAGAAUUUAUUGAAUGUGUAAUAAGUCAUGUUGCAACACCAGGUCAUUUAUUUGCUGUACAAAGAUUUUGUGAUGUUGAAGCAAUCAAUAAUUUGAUGAUUGAAUUAAAUGAAAAUGCAUCAACAUUAAAACAAAUUAAAAAUCCAGAGUGUGAUAAAAUAUAUGGUGUUAAAUUUGCAAAUAUAUGGCACAGAGGACAAGUUGUUACAGUUGAACCAUUGACUGUUGAAUACAUUGAUUAUGGUGCAACUGAACCAAUUACUGAUGGUCAACUUCUUGAUCUUGGUGAAUAUGCUGAUAUACCAAGAUUUUCAGUUCAUGUUCGUUUACCAAGAGAAUCAGUUGAAGAAUAUAAAUUAUUGGAAGUUGAUAGUAUUAUAGUUAUUAAAAUGGUUGCAUCUGAUCCAGAGGAUGAUAUUAUUGAUGUUAUUGUUAAACCAGAUGGUAUUCAACAUAUUGUUAAAUCAAUUGAAACAUUAACUGUUGAAAUACCAAAAGAUACAAGUCCAACAAGUGUCAUAACAUUAGUUAGUGUUGGUUUGGAAAUAGUAGCUAUUAUUAGUGAAAAAAUUGAUGAUAAAAGUGCCAUUGGAAUAUUGGCAUUUGAUGCUGUUAAUGAAUCAUAUGAAAAACUCAUUGAACCAUUAAGAAUUGAGUGUGAUAAAGCAGCACAAACAUCAACUGGCUACAAAGCAGCUGUCAAUGAUUUUGUGUGCUUUCAAAAACAAGAUGAUCCAACUUAUUGGCUUCGUGGCAUUAUUUUAUCAACACAAGAUGAUGGUACAAUUAAAGUUGCAUCAAUUGAUGAGGGUCUUGUUGUUGUACCAACAAAAAUAAUACCAACUCCAAAUUUAUUCAAAGACAUUCCAAUGUAUGCUGUUAAAUUAAAUGCUAAAAAUAAAUUUUCAUUUGUUAAUGAAGAAGCUGUUGGUAUCAAAAUAUCAAGUAUCAAUUCAACAGUUGUUGAAGGUUUAUCAUUAGAAGGCAAUGAAACUAUUGAAAUAACCAAAUGGACACCUUGGGAAUCAACAUUAUUGAUGCAGUCAAUUGAUUCAACAACAAUUCCAACCAUAAAUAUUAAAAAUAAUAGUCAAGUUAUUAUUCAAUGUCAUCGUGGUCCAUCAGUUGUUUAUUUAAGAAGUUUAGACACUGAUGAAGUUGAAAGAAGUAAUCGUUUAAUUCAAGAUGUUGCAAAAGCAUCACAAACAGCAUUGAAAUUAACAAAACCACCAGCUGAUGGUGAUUAUCUUCUUGCUCAAUUUAUUGAUGAAAACUUUUAUCGUGCACAAGUACUUGCUGUUGAUGGUGAUAAAAUAAAAAUAGUUUAUGUUGAUUAUGGAAAUAUUGAGAUAACUGGUAUUAGUCAAUUGAGAAUAAUGCCACAAUCAUUGAUAAAAUGUCCACAAUGUAUUGCCAAAGCAACAUUAAAAAGUAUUAAAACAAGUGAACCAACAAAAGAAGCAUCUGAUUAUCUUGCUAAUCUUGCUGGUACUGAAGAAGUUUUAAAAUGUACAUAUGAUGUUUCAUUGAUGGAUGGUGUUGACUUGAAAACAUUAAAAGAUGAAAGUAUUAAUGAUAAAAUUAAUGAAUUAAUGACACCAACAUGGGAAAAAAAAGUUGCCACAACAUCAUUAACAACAACAGAUGCAAUAACAACACCAAGUUUAUUUUUAUCUGAAAUUGAAAUGACAAAACUUGGUGAAAUUGGUGAAACAAAAGAAUGUAUUUUAAUUCAUAUUCUUGAGUCUGGAUCAAAAUAUGUGUUUGCACCACAUGAUCCAGUAUUACUUUCUCAAAUGAUGACAAUGCCUGAAAGUAUCAAACAGUAUUGUGAUAAAAAUACAGAACAAUAUGUACCAAGACUUGGUGAAUUGUGUUUAUCACUUUAUGAAGAUGGCAAUUGGUACAGAGGAUGUUGUGUCAAUACCAGUGCUGAACCUGAUGCAGCCUUAAUAUUAUUUUUGGACUAUGGCAAUAUGGCACAUGUUAAAUAUGUUGAUAUUAGAAAAAUGGUUACUGACUUUUUACAACCACCUGCAAUUGGUAUCAUUUGUAAUGUCGAUUUUUCAGUUAAUGAACAAAAGUCACCACAAGUUAUUGCAAAGUUGGAUGAAUUUUUGGUGCCAAAUGAAAUGUAUAAAAUAAAAAUUUUAAACAUUGAUGAAGAUUCUGAAUACAGCAUUGAACUACCAGAUGCUAAAAAUAUUCUUGUUCAAGCUGGACUUUUGCGAUAAAUAAUAUUAAUUUUGUUUUUUUCGCUAUUAUUUUUCUAUUUUGAUUUUUUUGAUAUUAUUAUUUUUAGAUUAUUAACCAUAUAUCAUGUUUUACGUUUUUUUUUUUUAAGAAGAUGAUAACAAAGAUUGUUUAAUUUUUUUUUUUUUUUCUCAUUUUACUUGAUGUAAAAUAUUACUUUUUUUUUUUUUUCUUUAUGAUUAAAAUUUCAUUAUCAUUGACAAUUAUUGUCAUUUAAAUAAUUUCAUUAAAAAUACUUUUUACAGAUUUUUCAUGUCUGUAAUUUAAUUAUGGUUAAAAAAAAUAUUUGUGCCUUUUUUUUAUAUAAAAAUAAAUAAAUAUAUCUAUAAUUUAAAUAACA